AUGGCCUUUUCCCAGCAGAGCCUCGGAGACAUAUUGCAUUUGAACGUGGGCGGCAAGAGAUUCACCACAUCGAGACAAACGCUCUCUCUAAUACCCGACACCUUUUUCACAGCUCUCCUAAGCGGCCGGAUAUCCAGCCUGCGCGACGAGAAGGGGGCCAUUUUCAUCGACAGAGACCCCAAAUUCUUUUCGAUCAUCCUAAACUACCUGCGAACGAGAGAAAUAGACUUGCAGGGCGUCGAGAUACGCGCCCUGCGACACGAGGCCGAGUACUACAACGUGGCGCCGCUGGUAAGGAGGCUCUUACUAUGCGAGGAACUGGCCCAGCCGACCUGCGGCGACAUUUUAUUCUACGGGGCCCUUUCGCCGCCCUGCAUACCGGCCCAGGCUUUCCAAUCGACCGAAUCUAUUCCUAGGGGAACCGGCAGGCUCCCCGAAGGGCAGGUGGAGUUACCUGAAAACAGCAAUCAUCCUGCGAUCGCCAGACCGCAAGGACACUCCAGGAACUCAUCGUUAGAGCUACGAUUAGGCGUAUCGAACAGCUACAGCAGGAGCUCGCAGGAUUUGCGAGGCCUGCCGGGCCGAGGCCAUUCGAGGGCGGCCUCGCUGGAUUUGAGGCACACGAGAAACUCCUCGGCCGAUUUGAACAAGCUGAUUCGCAACGACAUCGGUCUGAUCUUCGGGAUGACCAGCACCUGUUGGGCGGAUCCGCUUCGGGUGCAAAUCAUCAAGGCCCAUCACAAUUGGAUCGUCGUGUCGUACGCCCAUUUCGUGGUGUGCUACAGAUUGAAGGAUUCCAGCGGGUGGCAGUUGGUGUUUACCAGCCCGUACAUCGACAAUCAAAUCGAACGGAUCGCCGUCAACGCCAAGAUGGGCGCCUCGGAGACCUCCAAAAUGGUGGCCAUAUCGUACGGCAGCCAGGUGAGGCUGUGGGGCAUCUCCGAUAUGGGCCAACGAACGAACGUGGGCACCUUCAAUCUGCACGUGAGAGUCGAGUACUUGUUCUUCAUCGGUAGCCAAUUGGUGGCCUUGUCCCCGUCGGGGAAAUUGGGCGUGUGGCACGCCAUGACGCAGCAAUGGCAAACGCAAGACGUGAUGCCCAUAGCUUCGUUCGAUACGGCCGGUUCGAUACUGUUGCUAGGCUGCAACAACGGCUGCAUUUACUACAUAGACAUGCAGAAAUUCCCGUUGAGAAUGAAAGACAACGAUUUGCUGGUGACCGAAUUGUACAAAGACCCCAACGGCGAGCCGGUCACGGCCAUAUCCGUCUACUUGACGCCCAAAACGAACAUCUGCGGUAACUGGAUAGAAAUAGCGUACGGUACCACAUCGGGAGCGGUCAGAUUGAUCGUGCAACAUCCGGAGACCGUCGGUCACGGGCCCCAAUUGUUCCAAACGUUCACCGUGCACCAGAGCAAAGUGGUGAAAGUAACGCUGUCGGAGAAGUACCUGGUGUCCGUGUGUUCGGAGUACAAUCACGUUAGAAGUUGGAGGGUGACCAGGUUCAGGGGAAUGCUGUCGACGCAGCCGGGCUCGACGCCGGAGGCUUCGUUCAAAAUCGUGGCGCUGGAAACGAUAGAACCGUCCACGUGCGUCAAUUACGGAGCUGCGGUGGAUUGCGGGCCGUUCGGAGAGCAGGACGACGAGCAGGUGUUUGUACAGAAAGUGGUGCCCGAUUCCGAUCAGAUAUUCGUCAGAUUGGCCAGCAACGGGAAGAGAAUAUGCGUGAUAAAAUCGAUCGACGGCAGUACGGUGACGGCUUUCUACGUGCACGAAUGCGAGGGCUCCAGUCGAAUGGGAUCGAGGCCGAGGAGGUUCAUUUUCACGGGGCAUUCGAACGGGUCCAUUCAAAUGUGGGAUCUCACAACGGCGCUGGAGUUGUGCUACGAUGGGGCCCGGUCGAACGGGGGGCCCAGUACGGAGGAGUUGUUGCUGAUGUUGGAUCAGUGCGAUAUAAGCAACAGUUUGAAUUCGACGCCUUGCAUGUCUCCGUGCCCCUACGGGGCGGCCGCGUUGCGGUUGAAAUCGAGCAACGUGGCCUUUUUGAAUCAACAGUUGCACGCGGAUAACGAGAAGGCUACUAAUUCUUCGUAG